GUCGACGUGAUGACGCCAUCCGCGUACGGGGCAGGGCGGGGCGCGAGCGGACGUCGGGCACUGGGCGGGUCCGCGACGCGGUCGGUAGGCGCUUGUUCCUCGACUCUUCGGCUUGUUCCUCGACUUUUCGAUCAAGAAAACUUCACCGAAGAUGUCUAAGCAACAACCAACUCAGUUUAUAAAUCCAGAAACUCCUGGCUAUGUCGGAUUUGCAAAUCUUCCCAAUCAAGUUCACCGAAAAUCAGUGAAAAAGGGUUUUGAGUUCACACUGAUGGUGGUCGGUGAAUCGGGUCUAGGAAAAUCAACUCUCAUAAACAGCCUGUUCCUGACUGAUCUCUACCCAGAGAGGAUCAUACCUGGAGCUGCAGAGAAAAUUGAAAGAACUGUCCAGAUUGAGGCUUCGACUGUGGAGAUUGAGGAGCGAGGGGUCAAGCUGCGCCUGACAGUGGUGGACACACCCGGCUAUGGGGACGCCAUCAACUGCAGGGAUUGGUACGCCCCUAGGGGACGCACAGGCCCCAGAAGUACUUACAGUUAUUUGAAUGUAUUCGCAUAUACAGUGUUUGAUGUCUUGCGGUUUGGUAAAUUUUCCCCUGAUUUGUCAUUCUUUCAGAUUCUGGAUGAAAUUGAAGAACAUAACAUCAAAAUCUAUCACUUGCCUGAUGCAGAGUCAGACGAAGAUGAGGACUUUAAAGAGCAGACUAGACUUCUCAAGGCCAGCAUCCCAUUCUCUGUGGUUGGAUCCAAUCAGUUGAUUGAAGCCAAGGGCAAAAAGGUCAGAGGCCGCCUCUACCCAUGGGGCGUUGUGGAGGUGGAGAACCCGGAGCACAACGACUUUCUGAAGCUGCGGACGAUGCUCAUCACCCACAUGCAGGAUCUCCAGGAGGUGACCCAGGACCUUCACUAUGAAAACUUCCGUUCAGAGAGGCUCAAAAGAGGCGGCAGAAAAGUGGAAAACGAGGACAUGAACAAAGACCAGAUCCUGCUGGAGAAGGAAGCAGAGCUUCGCCGUAUGCAGGAGAUGAUCGCAAGGAUGCAGGCGCAGAUGCAGCUGCAGAUGCAGGGUGGGGACGGCGACGGCGGGCUCCACGGGCACCACGUGUGAGGAGACACUUCGCAGGAUACAGAGAACAUUCCGCACAAGUACUACAGCUGCGUGUUUCCGAGAGAUCGUUGGCGGGGUGCCCGUCCACAUUUUACAGUACCUGUGCCUGAGAAUUUAAUUUUUUUUUUAACUUUUGAUGUGUUUUGUAUGAAGUACUUUUAACAUUUGUAUGUCGUUGCUAUGUUAUACUUUAUAUUUUGUGAGGUGAACCUUCCAUUUUCAUUUUUCUUCCACCUUAACUAACCACUAAUGUUGGACUCAUUUCCAGGAUCAGUCAGUAUGUAUAACUCACAUUGAACUUCUUUGAUUUGGCUGGCCUGACGAAUUGUUGAGCACUCUCGAUUUCAUUUCUGGAACAUUCAGACUCAGCCAGCAUGUGCCUGGGUGCUAGCUACGUGGACCCAGCGAUACGGAAAGAUGAGCUGGCGUCUACAGGGCGUUUAUCUACCAGGUCACCGAGAUGGAGAUUCUCCCUUGCUUCGCUUGGCUUUGAGCACAACACCUAAAACCAGUUUUGCUGCUAUAAUUCAAUAUUGUUAAUUCAUCUGCACAUUUACUUUUUUUUACGAAGUAAAACAAUAGAAUUAUUAUCUAAUAUGAUACGUGUAUACUAAAAUAGGUCUUUUAAAAACAGGCAAUUAGGGGGCAAAUUUUAAGAAGUCUUUGGAUUCUGAUGCUAGGUCAUUUUUUAAGCUGCGCUGCCCAGACCUGCCACAAGCCACGUGUUGUAGUGUCCCCAGUGCUGCUGGUUAUACUCCGCUGCGGACUGAGCUCCGGUUUUCCUGUUACAGCAGCGAUUCUUAGCCUUGCAGAGAGAGCCAAUAAAUGAUUUUUAAUCAACUACCAUGCAAAGUUACUUUUUUUAAGGAAAAUUAAUAAAUGAUAUAUUUAGAAACCAGCCUUUUUAUAUUUUUAUACAGCACUCUAGUGUGCUUUCUAUAACUACAGGUUUAUAAGAUCUGCCUGAGCAGUGAGAAUCAAGGUCCUUUGGGGGUAGCCCUCUGAACCCAGGCCUGUCCUAGGCCCUGCGCACUCGUGGCCCCAUGAUGCCUGAAUGCCAACCAGGUUUUCCUGAUUUGGCUUUCCUUUAAUUGGUUCUCUAAAAUUAUUGAUAGUUUCCUGAAAGGAGGCAAAUAGCAGCAAUCAUUUUUUUUAUGUGCAGACUGUUGUCCAUUUUCAGCCACUGUCACAUCCUUCGUUAUGUGUACUACAGACUUCCCGGUGUGUCUGGUGAGACCGAAGGACAUUUCAAAUCUGCACUGUGGUCUGACUGGUGGACGCCACCAGUCAGAUCAUUUUUCUGUGCUCUGUGGCCUUGGUCCUUCCCUUCCCUCCAAGGGGCACUGAGGGGCUCUGGGGCUUGCUGUUUUCAACAUUUUUACUGACAUUGGGAAAGUGGGCUCCAGAAAGUGACGGGUGAAAGGACACCUGGAGGGAGCAGGUAUUGGCUGUUUGUUUUCAGUUUGCUCUAACCGGAGGGGCAGAGAUGCAGAAAACGCUUCCCCUGAGGAUGGGAAGGGUGUUUGCUUGGGCCAGACAAAACAAAGUGAUGUGGUUGAAACAGGUAGUCACAGAGGCAGGCUACAGACAGUAAUCAGGUGUUCUCAAGAACUUUGUCUUUUCACUGCUGAAUAACGGUGACUAUUCACAAGCCUUAUGUUCAGGUACAGUUGUACAGAGUUCCUACCAGGAGAAUGUGUAAAGUGUUCGGUGACUUUAGAGCACCUCCGUGAAAGGCCAGCUAUCUGGGUUAUUUUGGCAUUAAGUACACUAGUAAAAGCUGUUCAAAAGGUGGAGAUGGGGUCACGUGUCGUCAUGGCUGCAGGCCUCUGUAUGUUUGUGUCAAACUACUAGGGCCAGCCACCACCGGAUAAGGGCUGUGCGGGGUGGGUGGACCUACACUGUCUCACUUUACAUCCCCUUUGUUUUGCUGCCCAAAUCUAAAUAAAUACUUAGAGAUAAUUGCUUUCACUAAGAGAUAAUCUUUACCUAUGGAAAUGUAUUUUGAAAACUUACACAGCAGUUUUGUAUCCGUUGAAACUAACCUUUUAUGAAUAAAGCACUGUUGUUUGGCUAUUAA